AGAGAGAGAGAGAGAGAGAGAGAGAGAGAGAGAGAGAGAGAGAGAUAUCGCGCUGUAGAAUAACAUUUUUCCAAUGGCACGAAUGAACGGUAUUUUUCCCGUUGAUGUCGCCAUGGCGCACUAGCAGCAGUGUCUUGCGCACCCCUGGAGCGGUUUAAUGGAUCUGCCCCCAUUCUGAAGAGCAACAUGGCAUGCGUGAGCAAUCUUCCUUCAUCAUAGACAAAGAGUAGGAAAUAUAACAUCUCUGGUGGCUCUUGUAUUCUUUUGUGCCAUAAAGGGAAACGGUGUGGUUUUCGGAGACUGUGCUGCGGGAAGGAACCCCUUCAGUCUCAUACAAACCGCACAGACAUCGAUUCGUCUGGAGGGCGUAAAGCGAAGGGUCUGGGAGGUGCUCAGUCAUCCCCAAAUCUCAACUCAUGACUCAUGUUAUUACAAUCACUCGAUUUUCUACAGUCGAAGCAAGGAUCGUUUAACACAGUGAGUGAAUCGAUCAUUUAACCACUUGGGACAAUGACGUGCGUUAUACCAUUUGAAAGCAUUUUAAGCUCUAAGACAUUGGCUGAUGUCUUAAAACACCCAGGCAGUUUUUUUUGGUGAGUGAAACAAUAGAAACGCGCAGCUUUUUAAUGAGUUUCACAACUCUAAACUCCAAAUAGGAGAGAAAAUUUGAUCCUACCAGAACAGAGCUGUGAUAUUUUUGUGCUUAAUUUGUCAUUUUACACCAAAGGCUUCAUUCUUUUUUGUGGAAAGGAUUGUAAUCGUGAUUGUUAAGGCGAGCUUCAAGUCAUGACUGCACACACUCCCAAUGAUUUUGAUGUAUUUAAUACAGAGAAUAGUGACAUACGGAUAAAUGUAGGAGGCUUCAAGAGGAGAUUACUCUCUAGCAUAUUGUCUCGCUUCCCUGAAACGCGUCUUGCGCGUUUGGUGCGAUGCCAGUCAACAGAAUCCAUCCUGGAACUGUGUGAUGAUUACGAUGACACUGAACGGGAGUUCUAUUUUGAUCGAAAUCCUUCACUUUUCCCCUAUGUUUUGAAUUUCUACAACACAGGCCGCUUGCAUGUUAUGGAAGAACUCUGUAUUUUCUCGUUUAGCCAGGAAAUUGAAUAUUGGGGGAUCAAUGACUUUUUCAUUGACUCCUGUUGCAGCAACACCUACCACUGCAGAAAAAUGGAGCCAUACCAGGAGGACUGGGAGGAUAAAAGUGAUGAGGGUAGCACUUCUUCUUCUUUUGAUGAGAUUUUAGUAUUUUAUAGUGAUGCCACCAAGUUUGAUAAGCAACCACUAGGAAGAAUCAGGAGGAAGAUUUGGUUGAUGUUGGACAAUCCUGGCUACUCUCUGUCCAGCCGGGUCAUUAGUAUUUUCUCUAUUCUGGUGGUGCUGGGUUCCAUAGCCACUAUGUGCAUGAACAGCAUGAGUGAUUUUGCCACAUUGGACAGUGAGGGCCUGCCUCAGGAUGACCCCCGGUUUGAGAUAGUGGAGCAUUUUGGAAUAGGCUGGUUCACAUUUGAAUUGGUUGUCAGGUUUGUUGUUGCACCAGACCUACUCAAUUUCUUUAAGCUCCCAUUAAAUAUGAUUGACUUAGUGUCUGUUCUACCAUUUUAUCUCACACUACUACUUGAUCUGGUGACUGAGAGGCGCCCCACACUAGAGAACCUGGGACGUAUAGCACAGGUCCUGAGGCUGAUGCGGAUCUUCAGAAUCCUAAAGCUGGCACGUCAUUCCACUGGCCUGAGAUCACUUGGAGCUACACUGAAAAACAGCUACAGGGAGGUGGGGCUGCUACUGCUCUAUUUAGCAGUGGGGGUGUCAUUCUUCUCUGUGAUGGCAUACACCAUUGAAAAGGAAGAAAAUGAUGGACUGACUACUAUUCCAGCCUGCUGGUGGUGGGCAACGGUCAGCAUGACUACAGUGGGCUAUGGUGAUGUUGUGCCAGGGUCUAUUGCAGGAAAACUCACUGCUUCAGCUUGCAUCCUUGCUGGCAUCUUGGUUGUGGUGCUGCCCAUGACACUAAUUUUUAACAAGUUUUCAUUGUUUUAUAAAAAGCAGAAACAGUUGGAGAUUGCCAUGAGGAGCUGUGAUUUCAGUGGGGACAUUAAGGAAGUCCCUUCAGUGAACUUGAGGAACUAUUAUGCACAUAAAGUGAAGUCCCUAAUGGCCAGUCUGUCCAACAUGAGUCGCAGUUUUCCCAGCGAUCACAGUUUGAAUGGGUCACUGCAGUAGCACAGGAGGAUUGAAAGCACUCUAAUGUGUAUGGCUCAAUUAGAAUACAUAUUCAGAUAAGAUGUAUUUCACAGUAUGGUCUUACCAGCAAAACCCACUUUUCUGAUGUUGACUGUAUUAAUUGAGUUAAAAUGUUUAUAGUGAUUGAGGAUUCUCUGCCUUAGAAUUAUGAUGUUUAAUAUGUGUUUAAUAAUAUUUAACAUUUCAUGAUAACAGACAGAGUACUUGCUAAAUGAAGUACUGACACAAUGAUCUAUGAAAAUAAUUUGUAAAUGUGUAUGUCUGUUGGAUUUCUCUACUUGAAAACUGUUAAAGCAAAGUUUAAUCAGUGUUGAUGCUUCACAUCCUCACUACACAUUUUAAUGUUUACUAAAAUUUUGAGUAUGCUGUUGCAAAAUAUGCUGGAGUAUAAGUCCUUUUGCAAGUGUUUGUUACGUCUUAUGUUGUUGUACUUUGGAAGUGCAUUUGAUGUAAGACUAAAUAUAAAAUAUCUAUUAUCCUAAUACAUUGUACUUAUGUGACAAAGUGUGGACAAAGGCUCAUUUGAAGAUUUAAUGUGUGAUUGAAGUAAAUGACUUGAAUAUCAGACUCCGUUUUACAAGUUCAAAACAAUAAGCAUUUAGUUAAUGCUGUAACUAUAAUGUCAGUAUUCAUUUAUACAUUUAAUUUAAACAGCUUUAUAUGUUUUUACUAGAGUGUGACAUUUUCAGAAUUUUAUAUAUAUAAUUAAUUUAUAAUAUAAUUACAUAUGUAUAUAAAUGGUUAAUGGUUAUAUAUAAAUUAGCUAAGUGUUCUUUUAGCUCAGAAGAUUGACUUGCUUUCAGUUCCUUGGCAGAAGUCUGUAUUAAAUGUAUCUAACACAAUUUCUGUAAUUAACAUUAUUAAUUCAUUUCUGAAAAUUCAUGUAUUCAUAUGAGUACUUUAACAACAUUCCUAAGGUCUAAACUUUCAAGUCUGACUCUUAUACCCUACUUAUAUCUCAUACAGCUCUUUAAAGUGUAUAAUGACCAGUAUAACAAAUGGGAGAGACAUAAUGUAUUAUAUAGUUGGACCAGCAGCCUGAUAAGCACACCCCAAAGUCUUAUAUGUUAAUUCAGUUUGUGAAACGUCUGAUCCAAUGAAACAUGGACUCCACAAGGUGUGCUGUGUUAUCUGACACUGAUACAUUAGCACCAGAUCCUUUAAGUCUUCUAAGUUGUGAUGUGGGGCCUCCAUUGAUAGGAUUUGUUUAUCCAGGACUUCCCAAAGAUGUUAGAUUCUGUUAAACCUUUUACAGAGUGUUGCUAUAAAUACCCUUGACAGACACAAAAGAUCUAAAUGUGUGUGUAGUAAACAUUAAACUGGCAAUUUACUGAUGACUUUGGUCAGGGGUAUCAAACUCAUUUUAGGUAAUAAGCCAAAUUUUAUGUAACUGUUACUAGAACAACAAAUCAAUUCAAGUAUAAAUGUUGUGCAAAUGGAGAAGGCUAAAUUAUUCAAAAGAUAAAACAAAAUAGUAGUGGUUUUUCAUCAG